GCAGGCGGAGCCGAAGCGGAGAAGGAGUGGAGCUAGGUCUCCGUUGCCCUGGAGCGAGUCGGAGCUGGUGGGCACCAUGCUGUCCCCCGAGGCGGAGCGGGUGCUGCAGUACCUGGUGGAGGUGGAGGAGCUCGCCGAGGAGGUGCUGGCGGACAAGCGGCAGAUUGUGGACCUGGACACCAAAAGGAAUCAGAACCGAGAGGGCCUGAGAGCCCUGCAGAAGGAUCUCAGCCUGUCUGAAGAUGUGAUGGUUUGCUUCGGGAACAUGUUUAUCAAGAUGCCUCACCCUCAGACGAAGGAGAUGAUUGAGAAAGAUCAGGAUCAUCUGGAUAAAGAAAUAGAGAAACUCCGGAAACAACUUAAAGUGAAGGUCAGCCGCCUCUUUGAGGCCCAAGGCAAACCGGAGCUGAAGGGUUUUAACCUGAACCCCCUCAACCAGGAUGAGCUUAAAGCUCUCAAGAUCAUCUUGAAAGGAUGAAACUCAAGGAAGAAGACGGGGGACCUAAGUCCAGCAUCCCACCUUGGCUCCUAGAGGACCAAGGACUCUCCAGCCUUGAAACCUGCAGGGAUAGGAUCUCCCCUAAGGGGACAGGCAUCAGGAAUCUGGCUGUGGCUCCCGUAUGAAACCUCUUUGUCUGUAGCGCUUGGCUGCUCUGUGACGGCAGGAGGGAACUCUCAGCCUGCCCGGGUCUGCACCUGACCACUGGAGCUGAAUGGACACAAGACCCAUUGACAGGCCCUGGCAGCCACCAGUGGGUGGGUGGGGGCAGGCCUGUGGGGCUGUGAGAAUGUCUGCAGCAGGCACUUCUCAUAAUGGCCCGCUGUUCAAAGGGGCCCCGGGCAGGGAAGAAGGGAGGGGAGGAGUGGGCACAUCAUUCCAGCGUUGCUCUCAGAAAGGCAGAGAGGUGUUUUCAAGCAGCGUGUGUAAUGGAAUUGGAAUAAACUCCAGGGGGCUCACAGGUGGUUUCUGAACGAAGGGCAGGAUCUCGGGGCUUUGUGGUUCACCAUAGCCAUCUGUGGGCAGACACGCUCUUUCCCCCACUCCUUCCAUUGUGGCCCUUUUUUCCUGCUUGCCCCUCGUAGGGGCCCAGAGUGGCUGCUCUUCAGGCAGGAAGGCCUUGCAGAGUCCUGCCCCAGGCCUGGGUGAGGGGGCUGCCUCGUACAGGCAUCCUUACAUCCAUGAUGCCUGUCCACCACCGAAGGCAGGGCUGGGGCCAGUGCUGCUCAGAGUUCCCGUCUGCCUCAGGGGUCUCAGAUCCUAAUGCGAAUGUGCUCUGAGGACAAAACUGUCUUUUGUGUUUGUUGAGGGCUCAAUAAAUGUUACCUAACUGAGUGCAUA